AUACGGCGAACGAGUGGUCGGCCAACGGAGACGGAAAGUAGCAGGCCAGGGAAACAUUGCGAAGAAGUUGGUUCGUUUUAUUCAAGCUUGAAUCGGAACGUCGUCUCCGAGCUGAGCCGGAGAGAAUGGGGGAGUGAGAGAGUGUGUGAGUGCGCGCGGCAGCAGUGCGAAGUGAAGUGAAGUGAGAGCCGACCGAGUGCGAUUUGAUGUUCGGAAAAAGAAAAUGGCCGCCGUCGCGUGUGUGUACAUCUCAGCACUCAGCACUUUUGGGUAGCGCUCUUGGCAGAGACGGUUUUUGUUUUUCCACGUAAUUUUUCACCUUCUAAGCGCGGUUCAUCGACACGACGACAUCAAGACGAGUUAAUCGAGAUUUCUGCGUUUUCUGCUGUGAUUUUUCGCGUGUGUUGUAAUCCGGAUCCUCGGUUAUCCGUGGUGGACUUGAAGACCUCUCAAGGGCCAAAGGAAUCGGGUCAAAGGAAAAGAUCGCAAAUCCGGAGGAAGGCUCCGCGGAGUGUUUUGUGAGUUUUCGACGACCGUCAGUCAGUUUAUUCGCUCGGUUCCUCUUCCUCUUUUCCCGGUGGGCUCUCGAAGCGCAGAAGACUGUCAGACAAACGUGGAAAAGUUCCAUCAGUAUCGGAAAAAAAUUUCAUAUUAUUUUGUGCAUUUUCCGGUUCAAUUUUGUCAUAAUCCUAAAAGAGAAACGAAAAAAAAACGUCGGAUUGAUUGUCCGGCUGGUGACAUGUGAAGAAGGGUUGUUGGCAAGGCAACGCAAGGGAAGAGGGAUGGCCGCGUGAAGAAGAACGCAACAACAAUACCAACAACAGCAGUAGUAGCAGUAGCAAGCAGAAGAAGAAACGAGGCGAAAUUUCUGUGGGUCGUUUCUAGUGCAAGAUCCGGAGGAUGAAGUGCAGAAGGUGAUUCCGGGGAGUUUUCUUCUUUUUUUCGUUGUUGCAAUUUUACGGAAACAAUCGCACACGUUUCGUGGAGGAAAGAUGUGUCCUUCCAGACCGCAUCGAUGAAACGCAGCAGUGAUUGUAUAACGGAUGUGUAUAUAAAAAAAAUCUGUAAAUAAAUGUUUAUAGUACGAAGCUCCCGUAAGAAGAAAGUUAAUAAAAGUGAAAUUUAGUGAGUUUUCUAAACAUAGUAGCUAUGACGUACUAAUGUAAAAAAAAAAAUAAAGUGAAUUACGCCCUAUUGAUUGUGUAAGUCGUGAAUGUGAAAGGCAAAAUCAGUCUUAAUGAAGAGAAGAAAAAAAUCUGUUGUUAGUGAUUGAAAAAAUAAAAAUCUGCCCAUGAAGAGUGUGGCAAAUUGGCAAAAGCAUAAGUCGCGAUACAGCAGAAGGUUUACCGGAAAAUAUUUUCCCCAAAGUGAAGAUGAUUGAAGCUCGUGAGUGUCAAAGUUUUGGCAGCCGAGCUUGAAUGAAGGGAGUGGUGAAGAAAAAUAAUCAUACUUCUACGCAACAGAAAAAUAAAAGAAGAAGCAAAAUAAGAAGAGCAAAAUUGCAUUUGAAUCAAUCAACUGUGUGAACCAACUGAGGAAAAUUAUGCUGACUUCGGAAUGAGAUGGAAGCGGCUAUACGUUCUGUGCAGCAGGUUGGGCCACCAGGCCAGAGGGCCGACACUGGCCCUUCGCCGCAGCCUCCUCCAACGAUGUCAUUUCCGCAACGUGUACCACCCGGUGCUGCGCAAAUUCAUAGAUCUGUUGACCCGGCCCAAAGCUAUAGCAAAGGAGGUCCUACCCCAUCGCAAUCCGCCCCUAGAUCGGCAGCUAGUCCUCUCUCGCCACCCCGACCCGGUCCGGGAGCGGGAGCUGCGAACUAUCCACCAUUUGCAGGAGCACCAGCGCGCGAGGCACCGCUCCGAUAUGUGCAAACCAACUCAUACUACCGGGAGAAUCCCUACACCCGCGUGUCACAGGUACCACAGGUUCCGGAGUACCAUCGACAGGUACCGGUGGUUUCUGUAUCGAGUAGUAUACCCGCACCUAUUAGUAUAGCAAAUUCCAUGGAUCAGCCAGUACAACAACAAUCAACCCGACCCCGAAUGUCCCUGCUAGCCCACAAUCCCGAUUACCUGCAGGCGCGAUCCGCGCAGCAACCACCGUCGGCACCAUCGGACACCGGACCACCUGCAUUUAAAAAGAUUCGUUUAAACGAAAACAGUCAACCUGCGCAAUCCCUCCUGAAUGUUGAUACACGUGAUCCACCGGUGUCAUCCGGUGCGUAUCAUCCUCAGGUGGAAGCGAUCUCACCAACGCUGCCAAGUGAUCCGACUGAGGAACUGCGUGCCACUAAGGAUGAUCUGUUACAACAGAUUGCCAAGGUGGACGUAGAGAUCGAUAAGACGGAGAAAAAGAUCGCCAUGCUGAAAAAGAAGCAGGAAACGCUUGAAGAGGCUUCAGCGAAACCGGCUGUCGAUGAGACUGCCGCUGAGGCUCAGCCCAAGCAUCGCAGCUUAGCACAGCAAAUCUACGCCGAAAAUCGAAAACGAGCGUCGAACGCUCAUGCUGUACUAAGUGCGCUUGGCACUGCCACCGAUCUGCCCCUGUACAAUCAGCCGUCCGAUGCGGAAAGUUGUCGCGAAAUCCAGGAACGACACAAAACGUUCCGGCAGCGACUGUUACUGCAUUUCAAAAAGAUAAAAUCCGAGCGGGCGGCGAAACAGAUCGAACUGACUGAACGAUACGCGCAGUUAUCACAAGACUGGUCCAAACGUGUAGAUAAGAUGGAAGCUAGUGCAAAGCGGAAAGCGAAGGAAGCGAAAAACCGGGAGUUUUUCGAGAAGGUGUUUCCCGAGCUUCGAAAGCAGAGGGAGGAUAAAGAGCGAUUUAAUCGUGUAGGUUCUAGGAUUAAAUCCGAAGCUGAUCUUGAAGAAAUCAUGGAUGGUCUUCAGGAGCAGGCGAUGGAGGAUAAAAAAAUGCGUUCAUAUGCUGUGAUUCCACCUUUAAUGUUAGACUCCAGACAAAGAAGGCUAGUGUUUAAUAAUGAAAAUGGAGCGCUAAUAGAUAUGGAAACAGAAUUCAAGGAACGGUUAAAUUUAAAUAUGUGGACAGCUGGCGAAAAGGAAGUUUUCCGGGAAAAGUUUUUGCAACAUCCGAAAAAUUUUGGUAUGAUUGCAGCCAGCCUGGAUAGGAAAAGUGCGCAGGAUUGUGUGCGAUAUUACUACCUCAGUAAAAAGGCGGAAAACUAUAAGCAGUUGUUACGAAAGUCUAGGCAGCGGACGCGAAGUUCGAGGAAUAUGCAGAAAUCCAAUCAAAACCCGACGCAGUGCAUAGUAGAUGCACUAACAACUGGUGUUACAACAAGACUACAACGUGAACAACAACAAAAGACUGUAGGCCGUGAUCGUGCCGCGAAUUCAACAAAUAGUUCAAUAGGAAAUAGUUCGGCAUCUAAUGUCUCAACAAAUUCAUCUUCAAAUAAUACUAGUAACAAUAAAAGUAGUAGUAAAAGUAAUAGCUGUAGUGCAGGUAGCAUUAACACUAAUACGGCUAUACAUAGUGCAUCUACGACAAAUACGACUGCUACGGUAUCAUCUGUAGCGACAGCACCAGUAAUUAAUACGGUAACGACAUCUGCAGCAUCUCCUCCACCGGCAGCCGCUACAGUGUCCUCUGCCACCGCCACGACGACGUCAACAACUGCAACUAGUAUAAGUAGUAUAACAAGCACUACAAGUAGCAGUAGUAGUAGCGGUAGUAUCAACAGCACUACAAAUGAAACCAGUAGUACAUCGAAUGUAAAUUCUACGCUACCGGUUACGGAAAGUACCGAAGCGAUCGUGAAAGAUGAGACUGAACAGGAGAAAGAAGCAGCUGGUUCUGUAUCGUCUCCAACGUCUCUACCUACGACUACUGUUUCUACUACUGAAAGUAAUAGUACUACCGCUACUUCGACAACUGCUCCUGCGUCAACAAGUCCAGCACCUACAACUUCAACUCCAUCGCGAAGUGCAACACCUACAGCUGCAGUUCCGUCACCAUCUUCGUCUGCAUCUACUACACCUAGUAUAUCUUUGGCUCCGUCGAGUACAAGCGCGCCGACGAUAAGCCUGACUAGUAUCUCAUCGAACGCAACGCCUUCGUCAGUCUCAUCGACUACCAUCAGCAGUAGCAGCAGCAGCAGUAGUAGCACCUUGAUCCCAGCUGUGAGUAUUGCUGUGUCCAGUAGUAUCAGCAGCAGUAGUAAUUGUGCAAACAGUAGUAGUAGUGCUGGUAAUAUCAAUGCCAGUAAUAAUAACAGCGGUAAUCUGUCGAAUGUGACUGCUGUGGAAACGUCAUUUGUACCUAACCUUAGCCCUAGUAUAUCUGCAAUUCCGCUGAACGGUGUAAAAACGGACGUACUAAACUCAACAACGGCAACGGUGACAUCUGUUCCAACGCCGUUGAACAACAGCUACAGCAGUAACAACAAUGUUAAUGCCAGUGUAAAUAGUAUCAUCUCCACAAUGCCUAGUUCCGUCACUGGAUCCAGUGGCGGAAUCACUUUGCCCCAUGGCGGGUCGGUACCAGUUACGCUUACGGCAGCUGCCCCGGGUGGAAUUAUUUCGUCCUCGACGUUGCCUCCCAGCUCACAGCCACAGUCAACGCAUUUACAAUCCCUGCCACAUCCAAACUCUGUGAUGUUCAACAAUACAAGCACCCCGAAGAACUCGACCUCGUUGGCCGACAUCAUCAUCAAGGACAUUACGCUGGGCUCCGUGGUAGCCAGUGUGGUCAACAGUAAACUUGGUGUGAAGGAUAGCCUCCUCAAGGAUGAUUUGGAGCCGAGCGAAGCGAAGAAACGACGGAUCGAUUUGGACGGAACGAGGGACGAAGGCAUUGCACACGACGGCAAAGACAAGGGUGGCGCACUGCACUCCUGUUUCGUAUGCAAGGCCGAGAUGUGUCCUCGUACACGCCCACUGGAACGUGGCCGGGGGGUGCAGUACGGCAUUCCGGAAGAGGCGAUACCGCCGGGAGCACGUGUUUGCAAUACGUGCCAAUGCAAGUCGGUGAAAUCUAGGUACGACUCGCAAUAUUACUCUCCCUCCGCGUUUGCACAGGGUUUAAUAUUGAACGAUCAAUCCGUCCAUUCUAGAUACACGCACUGUCCCUUGCCGACCUGUCCAAAUCCGAAAGAUAGAGUGAAACGAUUCCGAAAUCUUCCACCGCGUCUCUUUGAGCUCUCGCCGGAGAUUCGCGAUCCGAUCGUUCAAGAGUUACAAAUUCCACCCAACGUGACGAAAUGUUGUUCUGCCUGUCUGACGCGUAUUCGCCGCAAAAUGGGUCCGCAUCUUCUAGGAACUAAUCUUACCGAAGAAGAGGUAACACGACUGAAGAAGCUGCUACAAGAGGUUGGACCGAAAUGGAAUCAGCUAGCAGAAACCCUGAACAAGACACCGGUCGCGCUAAAGAGCUUUUACUUUCAUUACAAGAAAAAGUAUGGCUUUGAUUUGGCGGUGACAGAGUACUAUAAACAACACCCUGGUGAAGACCGGCGACCUGCAAUGACCGAUGGUGAUGAGUCAGAUAUGAGCGCAUCUUCUUCCGAUGAACGGGACGGAAGCAGUGACACAACGGCGUCUGCUGAAAGCCCGAACAACUCCGUACCACUGAAUGUUACGAAAGAGGAGAUUAUCACUGUUCCGGAAACUCUAGCACCACCACCUUUGACAAAGAAUUUCGAAGAUGAUCGAUUGCUACCACCCGGUCAGCCACCUAGGAAGCAGAAGCUCACGGAAGAGUAUGAUAGCUCGGCAACCGAAACGGCUGAUGAGGAAAACGAAACCUCGCCGGCCAAUCGACAGAGUCCAAAAGUUCUUUAUCCUCCGCAUGGUGGAGCGAACCCCAUCAUUUCUGUACACCAUCCCCCCUUACAGAACGGACCCCGUGGAAAUGACGUUAGCUCACCUCAAAACGUACGAGACGUGAUGCUGAAUGUGAUAGAACGAUCUCUAAAGUCUAAUAGUAUGAUGCCCGGGGCAGCGAAGUCAAUGAACUUCCCAUCACGAGAAUACCGAGACUUGUCGAAAGGCUUACCUAAUCGAUCUUCCGCCGGAGAGAUGGCGACACUUUCCGUAGUGAAUUCCCAUCCUCACGGUCAGCCACCACAGAUAAUGAGUCAUCAUCCUCACCCGAUCGGUUCCCAAAUACAGGCAACCAUUACUCCUGUUCCCCAACAACAGCAGCAGCAGCAGCAGCAACAACAACAACAACAUCAACAGCAGCAGCAGCAAGCUUCACAAUCGUUAGCCUCUACGCAGCAAAUUCCACCUCCCUUGCAGCAACAGCCAACUUCGCAACCACAGGCUCAACCUGGUGGUCAGCUCUCCCAGCAACCAACGCAACAAUCGACCAGCUCGAGUGCCCAUGAGAACAAUUCGGCAUAUCGUUUGCAGUAUGAGUCGCUUGAUCUCAGCAUCAAAAAGCCACAGAGAGAUAACUUUCCUCCACCAGCGCACAACAGCAAGUUGCCCAGUGUACCCUCUCAACCAGUUCAAAUUCCGCCACAUUCGACGAGUGGCGGAAGCACAAUCACUGUGUAUCGUACGGAGAACUUUCAACCACCAAGCCAGCAGCAACAACCUCAGAACAUUCCAACGCCAGGGCCUUAUGUCUUUCAUGGCUCAUUAAAACCACCUGCUGGCUAUGUGACAGCCACACCUCCUGGUGUUUGUUCCUAUAAUAUCAUGAUGCCACAAACAAGCUCAUUAACGCCACCUCCAACAAAGAAGCAGAAUGCUCCCAAGUUGAGCCCCAAAAUGACACAUCAAGUGCAAUCGGCCAUGCAGCAACCACCGUCGCAGUCGAUCGGUCCCAAGGGAUCGAUCACUCACGGAACUCCAGUAAACGCUGGCGGCCAACAAAUUAUAGUCCAAGGCCAAACUACGCUUAGUCCCCGCUACGACAAUGUGCUUAGGCAGACUCCCCCCUCGUCGAACGAUAAGCUGGGAUCCAUCACCCAAGGUACACCGGUUCAUGUAUCCUCGCACAGUCUGCCGGACAAACGACCCGUUUACGAGUUCAAGCUGUACAGAGACCGACAAAGUCCGGCACAAAUAUCUCAACCACCACCUCAAGGCAGUCCUCAGGCACCGCAGUUUGCGUACGGCAGAAAUGCUCCCGCAUUUACCAUGGAGCCGCAGCAGCUCAGUUCACGUCAGAUCAUCAUGAACGACUAUAUAACAUCGCAGCAAAUGCACGGCCAAUCUCAAGGUCGCAAUUCGGUCGGAUCUGCUGGCCGCCCUGAAAAAGAAUCUCCAUCACCGCGGAGCGCUCCCAACAUGGUGAACUCUUCGGCUGCUUUACUGUACGCCGAACGGGACCGCAAUGCCAGGCCAGAGUAUCUGAACCGAGCGUCGUCCGCCGAUCACGUCAACAGGGUUUCUCCUGUUUUCAGCACUCCUAGCCCACAUCGGACUCCGCCACCGCCCCAAAGGCAAGGCGUUAUCCAGAGGCACAAUACGGUUGUGGGAGGUGGCAACGCUAACAGUGGUGCUGGUUCCAAACCGCCAAGCCCAGCACCGAAUCGAUUGCAUCUUGUCCCGCCAUCGCAUCACUACAUGCAAGGACAUGACGCUUUUGCUUCGCUGGUUGACUUGGCCGUACAGCAACAGCCAAUGACGGUUCCACACAAGGACGACAAACGACCAUCGAUCGCUGAGCAGCAGCAACCUGCUCCUCCACCGCCGACGCAUCAUGACAUCCGAUAUCAUCCGACAAUGAUUCAGAUUCAUCAUCAGCAACAACAGCAGCAGCAACAACAUCAAGCAGCGGCCGCUGCAGCUGCGCAACAACAACAUGCAGCAGCGGUUGCAGCCCAACAACAACACGCUGCAGCAGUUCAGCAGCAGCAGCAGCAUUUACAGAGACAGCAACAAAUGGACCUACAACGUCGGCAGCAGCCUCAGAUGCACCCAUCGAUGCAACACCCGUCGGUAGCAGCCUAUCGGGAACAGCAGAUGGAGCGAGAUCGUGAAAUCGUAAACUAUCGAGAACGCAUAGAGCGGGAACGAAACAUCCAAGCCGAACGCGAACGAGCGAUCAUGGUCGAGAGGGAGCGGGAACGGCAGUUGGAACGUGAACAACGUGAGCGUGAACAACGCGAAAGGGAACGUGAGCGCGAGCAGCGAGAACGAGAACAGCGUGAACAACGCGAGCGUGAGCAACGUGACAGACAACAGCGCGAACGUGACCGGGAACGGUUAGCUCAUCAGGAGGAAGAGGAACGCCGCAGGAAGCACUACGAAAUGAUCAACGAACGGAUGGAAAGUUUGCCAUUUCGUUACAGGCCCAUGGAACCAGGAAUGGGAAUGCGACCAUCUUCGGAGGGCCCGCUGACGGCAGCCAAUCUGAUUGAUGCGAUAAUUACCCAUCAGAUCAAUCAGACCGCGUCGGAACCACCGCUGCCGCCCAGCCGUGACCUGCAUCGUGCUUCCUAUUACCCAUCUCGUGACCAUCGCCCAUCGCCAAUCAGUGAAAACAACGGGAAAUCUCAUUCGCCAAACGUGAUAAACAUCGACGUCGACUCGGAACCGACCCGGAAAAACAUUACCCUCGGCGAGUUGACCGAAACCAUCAUCACCAAGGACUAUACCCCGGCUCCGAACCCGUACCUGCCAAUGCGUCCAAUGAUGAUGGAUCCAUCCAUGAUACCUGCAUCGGAAGCCUGGAAAUACCGACGGAUGCCACCGAGUAAAGAAGAUCAAUCUCCCCAUGGCCAGCCACCGCAGUCACCUUCGCAGCAACAAGUGCAAUUGCAAGUACAACAAUCGCAAGGUCCACCGGGGCACCAAUACGUUCAACCGGGAAACAAAGGCCCCGGUAGAUCCACUCCGGAUGAUCGUCACAUCAUUCGAAUGGCACAAUCUCCAGGACCACGAAACAAGUUCCACGAGUCCGUUUCGCCUGAUACUCAAUUCUUUCAUCCCGCUGCACCGUUAACACGUUCCCGAGACUUUGCCUUAGACUGCUACGUCAAGAGCCGAAUAGUGGAAGCAAUGCGAACAGAGGACGACAAAAGAGCUGAUGAUGGAAGAGACCACCAGUCGCCACGGAAUCCUUCGCCUGCCCAGCAUGGCCAUGGACCUCCACCCCAAAGUCACCACAACAAGGAUCACGAUCGCAGUACAACUCCGGGUGAUAUGUUGAUCGACGAUGAAACUGGUAGGCCUGCUUCCGGUGGUAACCCUCAUCGACCUCCAUCAUCAUCUCAGCAGAUGCCUCCUCAUUCGCAACCUCAGGGAGGAAUGCAUAAUUCCCUCCAUUCAUCACCCUACCUAGGAAGCCAAUCCGGUCCGCCACCUGCCACUACAUUUGCUCCGCCCACGUACUAUCCAUACAGUGCGCUAACUGUAUCGGGAGGUCCUGUAGUAGGCAAUCUAGGUCCUCCAGGACCUCCGACCAAGACUACCCUCAUAGUACCGACUCUGGGCGGUGCUGGCGGAAGCAGUGGCCAUCCACCAUCCAACAGUGGUGGAGGAGGCAUGAACGACGACAGACAAUCUUCAUCCAAUGCGCCCAUUGAGCCAAAACCUCUGUUGUCGGCCAAGUACGAAGCGCUCAGCGAUGAAGAUUAAAACACAAUCGCAUUCAUUUGUAUCGUUGCAUAAUGAAAAUGAUAGAACAACUACAACAACACAAGUUGAAUACACACAUUCAGUAUGAAUUAUAUCUCAUGCAAACUUGUAAUUUAUUAUAAAUAUUAAUUAUAAUACAGAUUAUGAUAAUAAUACUAAAGUAUGAAUGAACAAAAUUAUCUAUGAAAAAGGUAAAAAAUGUAUUCAAAAUAAUACAUAAAAAUGCUAGAACACUUACACACUGAAUAAAGGCAAAACAGCUAGAGAUAUACAACGAGAAUUAUUAAUAAACAACACAACCCAGAGAAAGAAAUGAAGAGGAUAGGGUAAACAGAUUAUCGAUUACUCCAUUACACAGGAAACAGUCUAUCUUCCUAUCAAAACCAUCAAGCAGAAAAAUAAUCUUAUCCAGACACAAACUCGCAACUACAGAGAUACAGAGUUUAAUGCGCUUAACCCUUCUGAAAAGAUGUCCCCGGCUAGAGAAACACGUACGAAUUAUCGAUCAAGACAGAGAGAUAUAGAGGAACAUUUCACACAGAAGCAUUUCCUUUGUUACGGGAGGCCUACAAGAUUCGAGAUCUGAAUCUGUUUGCCAAUCGGGUGAAACGCUGAACAAGAACCGGACGAAAAUGAAAGUUCUUCGCAUGUGUGGCGAUUCGAGCAAACAAUGUUUUAAUGUGUUAAAGCAACAUGCAUAGGAAAAGUCAGAAGCUAAAAUGUUAAUAGAGACAGACAGCAAAGUAAAGCUUAACCGCACGAAACACAAACCAUGGAAUGGCGGAUUUAUUGUACCGAGCUUGUUUGGGAAAGCUAGCAACAAACAAAUAAAUAAAUAAUUAAACAAACAAAUAAGAAAAUAGUUCGUCUAUGCCAACCAAUCCGGGAGAGAAUGCAACAAACCAACAAGUAAAAAAAACAAUGCUAGAACUGUUUUGAGUUCUCAUUGUCGAUGUUCUAUGUUUUUCUGUUUUUCUCUCAGUUCAAGAGAAUUCUGUUUCAAGCGAAUUUUCCCCAAUUCUGUCGCGGCGGAAAACACAGUUUGAAGUCCGGAUAUUAGCGAAAAACAAAACUGUAAAGUGGAAAUACACUAUAGCGAGUAAAACUUUUAGUAAUAUUGGUUUAAGAUCAGUGCAGAGCAGGCAAAUAAGAAGCAAGUGAAGCUAAUGUUCCAAUUAAGUCCAAACUGCUGAGAUUACCGCGCUGUACAAUAUAAAUACACAAACAAACAAAAGAUUAAAAAAAACGCAUACUGCAUCAAGAAAAAAAAAAGAUAAAAAACGAGAGAAAACGGGAGGAAAAAAGUGGUAUGUUA